AUGUCUUCCGAAUGUGCUAGAAGUGAUGUUCAUAAUGUAUUAACAUCAGACUCAAUGAAGUUCAAUCACUGUUUUAUCAUUUCAAUCAUUAUUAUCAGUUUCUUUACCACAACUAAAUCUGUACGAGUAUUACUAAAACAAAACCUCCUCCCAACUUGCACUCGGAAUUUGUUGUUCUCAGCUAUUAUCAAUGGAAUCAUUCAUCAAUGUGUCACUGCGGUAAUUCGACUGCGAGCUUUUUAUCACGCUAUUGUAUAUGCCAGUGAUCCGUGUGCCAUUCUCUUCCAAUCGUCUCAAUGUUUUUUCGAUGGGAAUCUUUAUUACUAUACUAAUCUUUUCUCAAGUUUUUGUUGUUUCUCACUAUUUCUCGACAGACUAUUUUCUUUUAAACCUCGUUCAUCCUAUCACAACCAUCAGACACUGGCUUCUAUUGUUCUUAUACUAUCACAAAUCGUACUUCCGAUUGGGCCGUUGUACUGGGUUUUCUAUGAUGCGUUCUAUACCAGUUACGUUUUAAUGUGCACAUAUCCUCCUCCAAUGUCGGUUAUGAAAUUGCACGAAGUUAACAAUAUUCGGAUAUGUGUUCUUAUUGUUUUAUUGUUUUUUGCCAUUUUUCUAUACAUUCAUAAUAAGAUUCGCGAGAAAAGAAUGGUGCAUAAUGUCUACAAUAUUAAUUCUCGAUACAAGUCAUACGAAAACUACUUAGCCACAAAAUCCGUGUGCAUUGUUAUUUUCUCUCAAAUUUUAUGUGUCGGCCCGACUUCUUCAAUUACUUCUGUAUUUAUCCGGUUCAGGGACUCAAUUCCACUAGAAUGGUUUCAUUUGAUUAUUUCAUAUUUGACGGGUCUCACUUAUUCAAACUUCCUUCUUCCUCUUAUCAUACUAUAUCAAGAUAAACAAAUCGCAAAAAAACGUCGGAUAAUGAUUCAAAGAUUGCAAAACAAAAAUGAAACGAGCUUUGAUCACUUUGAUACGUUGAAGUCCCUUUGGGGAAAAAAGACGGGAAACCAAGAAACAUUAUUUUAGUUGUAAUAAUAAUUUAAAAUAUAACCUUCUUAUAAAAUAAUUUUACAAUAAAAUGUGCUUAAUUGCUGAUAAAAAUGGCACACUCCUCUGGAACAAGAAAAUUGAAAUUUAAUUUUCCUCGACUAUAAUUGUAAUUUAGAAAAAUAAAAUAUUUCACAAUUG